AUGAGUUUGCGGUGCAGGACUACCGUCUGCAGUAUCGUCGCUCAGUGUCUGGUCAGUACCUAGGUCGAAAAUAUGAAGGUCGAGUCAAAUGAUUUCAUAUCCCAUAACUUAUUAAUUUCUAUGUGAUUCUAUAUCAUUCAUAUUUAUUCAAUAUGAUAAUAAUAAUAUGAAUGCGGAUGAAUUUCUAAACAAAGGGUCCAGCGACGCUGUCUUAGUGUAGUGGCGCUGAUCCCGUGAAUCUGUUUAUUUUCUCAAGUUUGCGCCCGUGAAUGUUGUCCUAACCAUAUAAUUAAAUAUUAGUACUUUAUUAAUAGUGCUUAAUAAUAUUAAUAUUAUAUCAUAUUAUGUGAAAUAUAUUAUAAAAUGUAAUUAUAUUAAUGGUACUUUAUAAUCGGAAUAGUGCUUUAUUAAUAGUAAUUGAUCUCUGUGGUCCUGACCUGGGUAUCUUCCACUUCAGGUCAGUACGAGGAUGCCUACAUCGGGCCGGAGCAGGAGUUCCUGGUCCAACACCUGGACCCCCACACUGAUCAUCUGUUCAGGGUGUGUGCCCGGGGGGAAGGACGCACCGAGUGGAGCCCCUGGAGCGUCCCACAGACAGGAUACACCACACUGGCACCCCAUGGUAAACACACACACCAUACUGGCACCACAUGCGUCUCAGAGGGUAUUUUAGCGUCUCUGGUGCUAUUUUAGCGUCUGGUGCUAUUUUAGUGUCUCUGGUGCUAUUUUAGUGUCUCUGGUGCUAUUUUAGUGUCUCUGGUGCUAUUUUAGUGUCUCUGGUGCUAUUUUAGUGUCUGGUGCUAUUUUAGCGUCUCUGGUGCUAUUUUAGCGUCUCUGGUGCUAUUUUACCGUCUCUGGUGCUAUUUUACCGUCUCUGGUGCUAUUUUAGCAUCUCAGAGGGUAUGUGCGCGCGCAACAUGUAGACGUUUGUUGGUCUCGUGUAUUGUGAGUAACUGGCUCUGGUCCAGGGUGUCAGUAUCCUACCACAUAAACAGUCAGGGCACUAGCUCUGGUCCAGGGCGUAAUGUUAGCCACUGUUGCUUGUGCAGCUAGCUAGUACACACUACCUAGGCUAGCUAGCUAGUACGCAUACACUAGCUAGUACACAUACACUAGCUAGUUAGUACACACUAGCAAGUACCUAGCUUGUAAUUCUAAAUGUAAUUUCACCACCCAUGUUGUUGGUGGCGGUAAUGCACCGUUGUUUCUGGCAUCAUUCAACAUCCUGUCUCAUCUCCUAUGUCUCAGUGGCGUGAGAAGGUGUCUGCUGGAGCCAGAUCUGUUGAAUGCAGUCGGCCUCGACUGAAGAUGUACUGUUGUCAUGGUUUCUGUCUUCUUCUGGGUGUUGUGUGUGUCAGAGUGGUGUCCAGGCAGUGAGGGUUACAUCCUCAGCAGUAGAAGAAACAUCGCCAUGCGGAGUGACUCCUCCCCCUCUAAAGCUGGGGUUCUCUACUCCAACGCUCCAACGUACUUCUGUGGACAGACGCUCACCUUCAAGUCAGUACUCACACACUCUCUUCCUCUCUCUCUCUCUCUCUCUCUCUCUCUCUCUCUCAAUCACAAUCUCUUGCGUAAUGUUAUGCUGUGAUUAAUGUGUGUGCGUGCUUGUGUAGGAUCUCUGCGACGGGCCAGGUGGACAAGCAGGACAGUAUCGGGUUGUGUGUGGGGUGUGAGGGAGAGGCAGAGUCUCUCCAGAGAGACCAGGCUGUCUGCAUCUCCACCAAUGGUACACUCAAAAUCACUUUUUCAAAUGUUUUUUUUUUUUUUUUUGUAAAGCAUACAAUUGCAGAGUAGCAGCAGCGUUAAAAGUUAGAAAACUUGACUGAGAUUUCUCUCUCCUUCUAUCCCUCCCCUCUUCCUCCUCCUCCUCUCCUCUCCCUCCAGGAGCGGUGUUUGUCAACGGUAAAGAGAUGACCAACCAGCUGCCUUCCGUCACCCUCGGCUCUGCUGUGACCUUUGAUAUGGAAGUGGUCAACCUACUUCCUGUUAGCAACAACAACAACCUUAGCGACGGAGGCAACUUCAAGCUGAGGGUUACGAUUGGCUCAGGGAACCGGGAAGUGGUGUUUGAUUGGCUGCUGGACCAGGGGGUGGACUGCCUGUUCUUUGGCUGUUCCUUAGCCCACCCUGGUUGGAAGGUGCUGGUGUUCUGAGGUUGCUGAUUGGAUAGCAGCCCUGUCAGUCCUGUCUGCUGGAGUUGGACUGCCAACCUCGUGCUGUUGUCCUGUCCCAAAUCAACCCAUAGACCGACCCCUUAAACCAGUGGUAUUCAAAC